AUGCAUCUCCGCGAACAUGCACUUAUAGGCGCUGCCGCCAAAAUCCCCAUCAGCGCCCCUCGUCCAGUCAUGUCCUUCAGCCCAGUCGUCCUCCCCUUCGCAGACCGCAAAGUCGACCUGGAGUUGCGGGUGUCUGUCCCCUCGACCGGAGACGCACUGCCCAUUAUCCUCCUCUCGCACGGUCACGGUAGAAGCAACUACCUCUCGUCCCUCGAAGGCUAUGCCCCCUUGUCCAGCUUCUGGGCCGGACACGGCUUCGCAGUCAUCCAGCCCACCCAUCUCAGCUCCAAGUCCCUCAGUCUCCAGAGCCCCACCGGCCAGGAACUACUCUGGCAGUCGCGCGCUCAGGACAUGGUUCGAAUCCUCGAUGAGCUGGAUACCAUCGAAGCUGCCGUUCCGGCCCUCAAGGGACGGCUCGACCGAAGUCGAAUCGCUGUGGCGGGACACUCGUUGGGUGCGCUGACGGCCAGUAUGCUGUUGGGUAUGAAGAACACCGACCCGCGCGACGGGUCAAGUGUACAGACGCACGAGAAACGCAUCAAAGCCGGCGUAAUUCUUGCGGGCCCGGGCAACGGCGGGUCCGAUCUUUCAGAGUUCGGACGCUCGCAGUUGGUCCCCUUCUACGGCCCCGACUUCAGCACCAUGACCACUCCCGCGCUUGUCGUCUGCGGAGACGAAGAUGUGGGCCCGCAUUUGACGGUGCGUGGCAUGGAUUGGCAUGCAGAUUCGUACAGACUUGCGCCAGGUCCCAAAGCCCUGUUUAUGCUGAAGAGUGGGAAGCAUUGUCUUGGGGGCAUCAGUGGCUGGGAUGCUAAAGAGUCGGCGGACGAGGAGAGCCCAGAGCGACUGGCCGCGGUGCAGAGGAUGACGUGGGCUUACUUGAUGAGUCAACUUUAUGAUGGGAACAAGGCAUGGGAUGAGGCGUGCGAAGCGUUGGGUGGUCUUGGGGAGUUGGGUACGGUCGAGACUCGUUGA